AUGCCCAGCCGACCCGGACGAGAACGGGGCGCCCCGCAUAGUGAGGCAGGUCCACGGGAAGGUUUGAAGCAACGGUCCGAGCUCGAUCCCGACACGCCACCCCCGAGUGGCCCGCGCGCCCAGACCGCCCCGACGGAACGCCCCCGGCCCCGGCCGAAACCCGACGAGAGGACCCGACGAGCGCGAAAACCCGCCGAAACGCCGGACACGCCCAGGAACAAACCGGGCGGAGAGGAACCAAGAGCGGAGAGGGACGACCGCGACCAGGGGAACCGGCAGGCCCGCCCCCAGCCCGUUGCCAUUCCCAACGUUCGUCUCCAGCCCGGGAUGGGCCCAGCCCUCAGAGCCAAUCCUUGGUCCCGAAAGUUACGGAUCCAAUUUGCCGACUUCCCUUACCUACAUUUUGCCAUCGGACUAGAGGGGUUAAACCUUGGAGACCCUGGCGCGGAUUUAUUGGGUACGGCCUGGACGAGAAUCACGAGUCUCCGUCGGUUUUCAAGGGCCGGCCCCGAGAGCGCCAACCGGACAACCGCAAGGCCGGGUGCUUUUACGGGAACCCCUUUUCCCUAUCUGGGCAAGCCCCCGAUUCCAGGGGAUUGGGUUCCCUUACAAAGAAAAGAGAACUCUUCCCCGGGGGGCCCUCGCCGACCCGUUCCGAAUUCGUUUUGCGUUACCGAACGCGACCCUUGCGGGCCAAUCUCCGUGUCCAG